CGCGAGCUCGGGAACAAGAAGUUCGCCGCGGGCGACUACGACGGCGCGAUCCGCUGCUACACUCUGUGCCUCGGGCUCAAGAAGCACAACCACGUCGCCUUCUCGAACCGCGCCAUGGCCUACCUCAAGCAGAAGGAGUACCACAACGCCGAGGCCGACUGCUCCGUCGCGCUGUCCAUCGACGCGUCGCACGUGAAGUCGCUCCAGCGCCGCGCGACGGCGCGCCACGCGCUCGGCAAGCACCGCGCGGCCUUCGUCGACGCGUCGGCGGCCCUCGACCUCGCGCCGGGCACGAAG